GCUGGUGCAAAUUUUAUAUUUCUUGAUUUCUUUCGUUUUUAGUCGAUUUAUGAUAAAAAUUAUAAGACUUCAGUAUACCAGACGUUAAGAUUCUUGAAGAUGACUUCAGCUUCAUCUAGCAGCGCCCGCUCCUUAUUCGCUGAAUCUAAACAACGGCUAGCAGAGCGAGUGCAAGUAAACAUGAAUAAUAUUUCUUCGCUAACACGCCAAAUUCAGCGAGGAUCGAGAUCUAACGAGCUCUUGACAAAAGCUGCCCGUGAGUUCGUAGCGACUGAGAACCUUAUGGAGGGCGCCGAAGAGAACCUCAAGAAGAUGAACCUGAUCGGAGUGCACAUGGGGUACCAGUUUGAGAACAUUCACAAGUCGGCACAAGUCUUAGCCGAGAUUAAUGAGCAGGUGGCAUCUAUGCAUAGAUGACCUACAAGUUUUGAUUAGAAGCUCUGUGUUGAGUAUUCAGCCUAAAAUUUGUUCUCUCAAUUGUAUAAAUGUUGUCCAAAAUGUAUGUUGGACUUGAGCAAGACUUGUGUUUGUA